AGCUACAUAAGGUAUUUAUCUUACAUUCCUGAGUUGGUAGGAUGGGUAUGGAUAAUUGGGUGGGCGAGUACAGAGCAUUAGAGCAAGCUGGAGAUGCCAUCAUGGAACUUAUUGCAGAACGAAACAGGGUUACUGGUGGCGGCGGCGAGGGGCUCAAGAUUUCCAGCAGAAUCAGACAAGCACAAAACAAUUUCAACCACGAUUUGACUGCCUUACAAAGGGAGCUUCAAAGCGACAAGUCUUCUAAAAAACUAUCCCCAAAAGAGUACGAUAGGAGGAAUAAUAUGUUGAAUGAAGCAAAGAUCAGGAAGAUUCAAAUAGCUAAAUCCUUCGAAGAAACGCGGGCAUCUGGGGCAACUCCUUUUGGAGGGGGAAUUUCAAAUAAAGGGUACCAGCCGGAGGAGAAUGAACGAACACAAGGCUACUCAAAUAGAGAAUUACAAUCUCAGCAGCAGCAAGCCAUGGCCGUUCAAGAUGAGGGUCUUGCCAGAAUAUCAAACAUUGUCAAGAGACAGAAAGAGAUAGGACUCACAAUUGGGGAUGAGAUUGACGGACAGAACGAGCUUAUUGAAGAGAUAACAGACAAAACAGACGAAACCGGAAACAGGAUAAACCGUCAAGUACGUGCUAUCAACCACGUGUCGGCAAGAGCAGGAAAUGUCUGUGGUUAUUGGGCCGUGAUAAUACUGUUGUUCGUGGCUAUUAUAUCAGUGAUAAUCUGGAAGAUAGCAUAGUUUAACUUUAACAUCAGACUCUCAAUCUAGUCUACCAACGAAAAUCUUGCAUUCGGCUGGACCGACGAUAAAAAGAUAAGACUCUUCAAUUUGUCCUUAUAUUGAAUUUUCCAAGAUGAAUGAUGAUCUUUCAAAUCAGUUGGUUGAUAAAAAUCGAUUAGUUUGAUUAUUGAAAUGUCUUUAUUAGAAGUUGCAGCACGUUAAAUAACCGUACAAAUGUUUGUAACGUUAUUUCUGACCAGUAAAUUUUGAUUUGCAGUAAGAGUGAUUUGAGAUUUAAGUGUCUUACUUACAUUUUUCAGCUGCGUUUUCCAGCUGUUCACGAUUUAGAUUUAUUUUGUAAAUAAUUAGCAUUUCUGUUUUUAAUUUAAAGUUUUUGUGUGUUGAAAUUUUUAAACCAAUUUUUCAUUA